CUCUGUGCUAUGAAGGGGGCAGGCUGCGGUCUGACUGCAUAUGGAGCGACUGCGCAGAGCAGACGCCUCGAAACGCUCAACUUAUACGCAGACACAACUGUCAAACGUUCACCCUUCGCGCAAAGACUGAAUUCGACAGCGGACGCCGCCGAGAAAGUCCUUCCUCGCACCAGCCGCUCCGCCAGAGAAGAAACUCACAAGUGCGUGUGAACAUUCGGCGACCAACCUCUUCCGUCUCCCGCAGCUCUGGACUCUUUUACACGGAUAAACGAUGAGUUACCGAGCGCGAUUGCCACUCGAAACGCCAGAGACUUUCUCGCCCGUGCUUAUACGGCGUGUUUGUUUAUUCUGAUAUGAAGGGAGAUGCUUAACCCCUCUCCUGCAUGCCUGGAAUUUUCUGCUGGAAACAGAAAGUGGGCGUUUUUCCACAGCGAGGAUUCAUGCGAGUGCUGCAACUUGCAGUUUCAAGUGAGGCAACAUGCAGUAAGUUCAGCGUUUGAAGCAUCUGCAGUUAUCUAAAGGUUAACGGAAUCAGUUGCUGUUUGCAUUGAUGUGAUGACGAUGCGCACGGAUUUGUAAAGCUGCAUUGAUUCAGAGGUUAUUUAGUGAUAAAUACAGGUCGAUAUGGCACAAGAGAAUGUCUAUGAUAACCGCAGUAUAGUGGUGAAGUACAUCCACCAUAAGCUCUGGAAGAAGGGAUACGUGUGGGAAGUGAACGGACACGAUGACAGCGUCUCGAAUGGACUGAUGAUGGGGAGGCAGGAGGACAGCGGCGUCUCUCCCAGCUCCCGUCACGACCCGUACAGCGCUCUCCACAAGGUGCUACGGGAGGCCGGGGACGAGCUGGAGCGCUUAUAUCAGUCGGACUUUGCGGAGAUGUCCAAACAGCUGCAUCUCACCUCCAUCACGGCGCAUCAGCGCUUCACCGCAGUCAUAGAUGAGCUGUUCAGGGACGGCGUGAACUGGGGCAGAAUCAUCGCUUUUUUCGAGUUCGGAGGGACGGUUUGUGUUGAAUGCGUGAAUAAGGAGAUGACGGCGCAGGUGGAUAACAUUGCGGGAUGGAUGACCGAGUACCUGAACGGGCCGCUGCACGGCUGGAUCCAGGAGAACGGCGGCUGGGAGGCGUUUGUGGAUCUCUACGGCAGGCAGAGAGACUCAGUGUUUCGCAGCUCGUGGUCAUCAAUAGUAACCGUCUUCGGUCUAGCCGCUCUCGGGGCCGUUGGCUUGACCAUAGGAGCCUACCUUGCUCAGAAAUGAGGAACGUUCCCCUUCUUCAGUCACUUGCCCUCUCUCUCCGCUCCGUCUGAACCCCCUCCUCUGCUUUACCCAGAAGACAUCCAUGUCCCAGGACUGCUCCUCUUCAAAGCUUCUCUCCCACUCUCUACGAGUCUUUCUUCUCUGCCCUCAAACACAAAGACAGAAAAGACAGGAAAUGAACGUGCUGCCGACAGAUCACGAGAGGUUGGAGGAGAAGAAGAAUAAUGAGGUGAAAGAGACUCGGGCGGCAGUGUCAAUGUCAGAAUGAGCUCAGAUCUCAAAGUGAAACACUUUUGGUGUUCUUAUAUGUAAAAAUGAUGGUAAAAUACAAAGGGACAAGACACAUCUGGAGGUUUUAAAGGUCUGUGCUGAUCAAAAGUACACCAGCACUCUCCAAAUGUCCUUUAAGAGUCAGGUUGAUCUUAAGAGACAAUCUGCACUACACUACCAUCUUUGGUUGUUUUUGUAGGAUUCAUUGUAGCCCGUCUGUCACCAAUUGCUCUUUCAAGCUAACGUUUCUUGUGUCGCCAUCCUUGUAUCAUAGUGCAAGAAAGAACCUGAAGAACUGAGGAGGAAAAAGAGAAAUGCAGAGACAAUGUCCCUCAAGCCACACGAUUUUGAUGAAAUUUCAUGCUCACUGAAUGACAGAGGGGUGAGAGUACUGUAUGAGAUUUGCCUGUUGUUUCCAGAGGGAACAGCUGAAAAAUGGAUACUGGCAUGGAUGGCAGUCUCUCUUUGUAGCAACCUAAAGAGCUUUAUUGAGGAUUGAAGAAUGGUUUCAUUGAAGUGCUUUGGGCCAGAAAGUAAACAGAAAGGACCGAAUGGGAAUGUAGUUGUCAGACUUUGAGAAAGCCUUGGUUAGACACUUUAUUGACAUGUUCAACAGAUGCAUGUGAGCCGGUCAGAAAAACCUCUAGCUGUACAGUAUGUGCAAAGAUGUUCUUCUUCAUACUUCAACUACACUUAUGUUUUUCAUACACCAAAAGAAGCAGUUGGGUGGAUUGUCUUGACAAAUCUGUCAAGAGCAAGUGAAGGUAAUACUUCACCUCAAAAUCAAAAGAAAUAUAUAUUAAUAUAUUAUAAAUACACACGACCAUUCAAAUGUUUGAGGUCAGUAAGUUUUUUUAAAGAAAUUUACACUUUUAUUCAGCAAGGAUGCAUUAAAUUGAUCGAAAGUGACAGUAAAGUCUUUACAAAAUUACAAAAUCUAAUUUCUAUUUCAAAUACACUACAAGUUAAAAGUAUCUAAACAGUAAGAUUUUUAAUAUUUUUUUUAAAAAAAAGUCACUUCUGCUUACCAAGCCUGUAUUUUUUUAUCCAAAAUACAGCAAAAACAGUAAAAUUUGUUUUCUAUUGAGUAUAUUUUAAAAUGUAAUUUAUUCCUGUGAUCAAAGCUAAAUUUAAUUUUCAGCAUCAUUACUCCAGUCUUUAGUGUCACAUGAUCCUUCAGAAAUCAUUCUAAUAUGCUGAUUUGCUGUUUAAGAAACAUUUAUUAUUAUUAUUAUUAUUACAGUUGAGUACAUUUUUUCUGAAUUCUUUGAUGAAUAGAAAGAUCCAAAGAUUAGCAUUUAUAGAAAAUUAAGAGAAAUUAUAGAAAUUAAUAGUUUUAUUUAGCAAGGAUGCUUUAAAUUGAUCAAAAGUGACAAUAAAGACAUUUAUAAUGUUACAAAUAAUAAUAAUAAUAAUAAUAAUAAUAAUAAAUGAUAAUAAUCAAUUUUAUAAUACAUUUUUGAGCAGUAAAUCUGAAUUUUAAAAUGAUUUCUGAAGGAUCAUGUGACUGGAGUAAUGAUGCUAAAAAUUCAUCUUUGAAAUCACAGGAAUAAAUUACAUUUUAAAAUAUAUUCAAAUAGAAAACAGUCAUUUAAAUAGCAAAAAUAUUUCAAAAUGUUACUCUUUUUGCUAUACUUUGGAUCAAAUAAAUGCAAGCUUAGUGAGCAGAAGAGACUUUAAAAGUCUUACUGUUCAAAAACUUUGGACUGGUAGUGUAAAUGUUGUUCUUUGAAACUUAAUGUUCAUCAAAAAAAAUCUUAGAAUGAUGAUGCAUCCUUGCUCGGCCUAAAAUACUUUUUUCAGUACAUUUUUUAAAACAUAUACCAAUAUAAAAAGCGCACUUCCCUCCACAGUUCUUAUUACUGUGAUGUAAUUAUUUACAGUAAAUAAAGUACAUAUUGCGCACACACAAACACAAACAUUACUUUCACAAAAGUCCAAAUUUUUCAUUACUAUUAAGACUAUUUAAUUUCCAAAGCAUCAUGUUCAAGGAUCAGUUGGGUCCAGUAUCAACAAGUGGAAAUCCAUUCUGUGUUCCUUGGAUUUGGUGUUUACAGUUACAUGUGCAAUGUUCCUGACGUCUGUUCCCAAAACAGCAUGCUUAAACAUAAUCCUGCCGCAUGUUUCAAGGAUUGCCUCGCAGGAAAUGAAAGGUUUAAGUGCAAAAGCUAUGGACAAGAGCAACUGUGUGCCAUGGAGUCAGCUUUGAUGCUUUUGCAUCGGUCGCCUAUGGGUUCACGUGGAGCCACGAUGAAACUUCGGAACAACAAAGGGACGUACGACGUUCUCAGAAGGCGACGGUUAUUAAAUGUUUGCUCGCACUGAUGUAGGAUCAGAGGUCAUGCGCUGCAUCGUUCCCUGUGAUCUCCUCUACAGACAAUGGCGCUGUGUGGGGUGCUAACAGUUGAGAAAUGGGUGCCCUCUUACAUCCUGAACCAGUCAAUGUUACUUGUUAUCUGACUUUAUGGAUGUAUGUUCAUUUUAUAAUGUGAUAAUGUCUAAACAACAUAUACAGUAUUUUAAUAGGUGGUUCAUGGAUGCAAACCAACCAUGUCUAGCGAAGCAGAAGAACAGGCUACAUGUGUAAAAGAAACUUACUAGCUACAUGUCUAUGUGUGGUAGUGUGGUCAACAACAACAAAACCAGUCUGAAAGGAUUGAAGCUUUAUGUAAAACAAGUUAGCUUUCAAAACAAACAGUUUAGUGUCAUAAAUACAUGCUGUUUGUCUCUAGUUUACACCUGUGAUUCUCUCUGACACUAAUAUUUGAUAUCAUUUUUAUUUCACCUUUAUUUAUUUUUAGGUACCUAAAAAUAAUCGUCCAACUGUAUCUUCAGAAGAUCAUUUAAAGUUUAUUUUUAAUUUUAAAUUCUAUGAACAAUUUGGAGCUACAUACGAUCCUAAUUUGCUGAAUCAAUGCUGCUUGAUGUAAAGAUUAUAAAUUAUAUGAAUCAUAAUCUAAUUGCCUGUUCUGUGUGGCGAUGUCAUGAAUAUUAAUACUUAAUUUCAUGUAGUCAUUUCCACUGUUUCUGUAGUUGUAUGGAAAUUCAUAAUGAAACUUUAUUUUUUGUCUCUUGUCCUAACUGGAGUCCAAUGAAAUUCAUUCUGCUAUUGUAUUUUCACUAGUGAUAAGUCAAUUUUAACAUGUCAAAACAAUGAUUUAGAUUAUAUUAAGAUUAUUAAUUAUUAUUAAGAUCUUUGAAGAACAUUUCAGAAACUUGAAUGUGUAUGAGCAUAUAUGCACUACCAGUCACUACCUGUUUUUAAAAGGGUCAUCGGAUGCCUAUUUUCCACAAGUUAAUAUGAGUCUUUAGGGUCUUUAUGAAAAGUCUAUAAUAUACUUUGGGUAAAAAUUCUCAAUGGUAGUGUAAAACAACACCCUUUUUACCUUGCCAAAAUCAGCUCUGCAAAAAUCAUCCUGUUCUGGUGGAGGUUGCUUUAAAUGUUAAUGAGCUCUGCUCGCCCCGCCCCUCUCUUCUCUCUGUGGAGUGACGAGCCUGUUUACUUUAGCCACAUUUUUAGCAGCUAAACUUGCUAAUUAGCAUGUUAUUAGGAAAGGUGAUCGCAAAGAUUCAUUAAAAAACCCUUAUACUUACCUCUGCUGUAAUGAAGCUGGAUCACGAAAGAUUCACGCGAACAUAGACGGAUAUAUGUAGAUCGGGAGGCGCAUUCCCUUCACAAACAAACGUAAUACACUGCAUCUUCAGCGGCUCAGAUGUCGGGAGUAAAUGAUGACCACUAUUUUCAUUAUUACAUCCAGCAACACAACACUUCAAUCGCUCAAUCGGAAAUAUUCUUGUCUAACUUACAUCCCUGCUCCGGCAUCGAAACAAUGGAGGUCGGACUGUUACAGCUGAUUUAGGGUGGGUCUGAGGUAAGACACUCAUGUCAUUCACCUAUAGUGGGAGCGGCCUCUGUCGGUGUGAGAAUGGCUCGAUUUGAAAAAGGGGAUAUUAUUUUUACAGAUUAAUUAAAAACCACCGCAUGGAUUUUUAUCAUUAUAGGGUAGAUUUGUACAUACACUGCCAACACACAUUAAUGUUCAAACAACAUGUAAAAGUGAA